GAACAAGAACAAACUGUCAAAACCAGCAGUUUUAGUGUUGUCGGUUUUGUUUUGCUGGCAGUCUACACGUCCACCCUUGCGUAUCAGAUUUUUUCCCCGGUGGCCAUUCCGAGAGUGUGAAGCAGAUUCCAAGAGAGGCAUGGUUCGCGUCCUGUUUGUCCACCCGGAUCUGGGAAUCGGCGGCGCCGAGCGGCUCGUGGUCGAUGCGGCGCUGGCCCUAAAGAGCAAGGGCCACACGGUUAGCUUCCUGACGAACCACCACGAUCCGGAGCACUGCUUCGAGGAGACGCGCGACGGCAAGCUGGCGGUGACGAUCGUGGGCGACUGGAUUCCGCGGGACAUUUUCGGCCGGUUCUACGCCGUUUGCGCGUACGUCCGGAUGGUUUACGCGGCGUUCUACUUCAGCUUUUGCCUGUCGAAGCGGGAGCGGUUCGAUGUGGUGUUUUGCGAUUUGAUUUCGCUCGGGAUUCCGAUCUUCCGGCUGGCCAAGCAGAAGCCGAAGGUGCUGUUUUACUGUCACUAUCCGGAUCAGCUGCUGUCGGCGCCGGGGAGUCUGUUGAAGCGGUACUACCGGAUGCCGUUGAACUAUCUGGAGGAGGUCACGACGGGCCAGGCGGAUGGGAUUCUGGUCAACAGCAAGUUCACCAGUCGAGUGUUUAAGGAAACUUUCAAGAGAAUAUCCGUUGAUCCGGAUAUUUUGUACCCUUCAUUGAACACGAAGUAUUUCGACCAGACGGUCCUCGAGGAGAAGGACAAGCUGACGGGGAUUCCCGAAGAUCAAUUUGUCUUUCUCUCGAUCAAUCGCUACGAGCGCAAGAAGAACCUUCCCCUAGCUUUGCACUCCUUCCGGAAGCUCCAAGAACUGGUCUCCGCCCAAGAGUUCCACAAAGUCAUCCUAAUUAUGGCCGGCGGCUACGACGAGCGCGUCCUCGAAAACGUCGAACAUCACGACGAGCUGGAAGAACUCGCCGAAGACAUGGGCCUCCGCCCGAAAGUCCGCCUCCUGCGCUCCCCGAACGACCGCGAAAAGCUCUUCCUCCUUCAGCGCGCCCAAGCCCUCAUCUACACCCCGGAAAACGAACACUUUGGCAUCGUCCCGCUCGAGGGAAUGUACCUCGGCAAGCCGGUAAUCGCCGCCAACAGCGGUGGCCCCACCGAAACCAUCAUCCACGACCAAACCGGCUUCCUGUGCGAUCCCACCCCGGAAAAGUUCGCCGCCGCCAUGGCCAAACUCGUGCGCGACCAUCACCACGGCGAACGGAUGGGUCAAAUGGGCCGGAAGCGCGUCCAGCAGCGGUUCUCGUUCGAGGCGUUCUCCACCAAGCUGGACAACAUCGUGACGGAACUGGUGGCGUGCCCGGCGGAGGAACCGCGCAAGCAGAAAUAGCGAAGAAUCAUCUUUCCGCUGUCGGCGUUUCUGCUCGCGCAGGCCCUGCGGAAUGUGGUAAGGAAUUAGGAUGAUGACUGAAAAUGGAUUCGGGGGAGGAGGGAGGGCGAUUCUGUGUGCCACAAUUUUUGCGAAAUCGAACCAUGAAGAGUUUGAGGGCGCACUGGGAGGAGCGAAAUUUCGUUUGUGUGAUAAUGUUAAGCUAAAAAAGGGGAAUCUUUAGCAAUAUAACACGCAGUUCUCUCAACGUUUGUAAUUUAAUGUGACUAACGAUUAUAAGAUAAGGAAUUCAUGAUGAAUGGUAGAAUCCGUAACAUAAAAAAAUCGAAUGCUUUCAAUUUUAUUUUUAAAAAAGUAUAAAAUAUGUUCCAAAGUCAUCGAAAAAAAAAAUAUGAUUUCAUCAAUCAAAUCGGAUCACAUUAUAUUUUGGAUGUAAAUCAAGAUUAUCUAUAAUUGUAUCGUUAUCGUCAGGAUAAAUACGAUAUCUAAAUAUGAUUAUCUUAUAGAAGAUAACACAAUCAGGUGUAUUUAUUAAAAUUAAAUUGCUCAUUCUUUAAAACAUUUCCAUUAAAUCAUAUUUUGUGAAAAUGAAGCAUGUUUAAAAGAAUAAGUUCUCUACUUUCCGAAAUACUAUGAACUACAGUAGUUGUUCGGUAACUGGGCUGAGAACGUAGCCCAGUCACCGAAUUGUUGUUGGAAAACUGGUCUGAACAAAAAUAACGAGGGGACCACCGAUGCAUUAUAUUUUCCAGAUGAAAUAUAAAAAUAAAAGUUACUCAAAUUUAUUUGCAGUGCUUACUUUUCAUUUUUCUUUAAUUGUAACUUGAAAUUAAACAAAGGUUUGAAAAAAGUAUUUUUAUUUAUUGAAUAUGAUUUUUGGAUCCAUUAACCCCUCGGUCAUUUUGGUUUGUUUUGGUUUUUUGACGUUUGUCUGCUUUUUAACUGGGCUACGGCCCAGUUAUCGAGCGCCCAGUAAAAAGCAGCCCAGUUAAACAACGCCCAGUUACCGAACAACUACUGUAUUUGAAAAAUUAGUAUUAAACGAUGGAAACCUGGUGCUUUUUUCGAGAUAAUUAAGUUUUAAAUUUACAUAUAUUUUGUCAUAAAAUGGCUGUAGUUUUUGACCCUUAAGUCCAAAUUGCCUGUCAAAAAAUAAAAAUCUUUGUAUUUGGAGCUCUAAAAGCAUACAUCACUUUUCUCAAUAACUUAGACCUAAAUUGCUACGUUCAAAAAACUGAUUUUUGAAGGCUCGCUCAGCUGAUAGAUAGAAUUUUGGUGUCUUCGACAAAGUUGCUUGGAUUGGCGAGCCCAACAUUUUUUUUAGAAGACGAAUAAAUUACCAAAAAAAAAAACUAAAAAACUACCGCAACUGUACGCUCUGCCUUCUUUCAUUUAAUAAUUUGUUAUUUUUCAGCUGGUUAUGAAGGUAAAUGACUUAACAAAAUGAAGCUAUUGAUAUUCAUUUAUUAUAUAACAUUUUUAUCAUAUAUUAUUACACUAAACACUAAUGCAAAAAAUAAACCGUUGCGUUUGGUACGAUAUGUCUACGCAUCCUUCCUCCCCUGUAGAUUCUGUAAAAAUGUGAUCCGUUCACAGAAUCCUCUCUGCGGUAAACACAACGCAGUAGGGCUGGCCGCUUUAAAUUUUGUUUUACAUUUUCGUGUGUUCUCGGAUGUACUGCAAUUAUUAAGAAUGACAAGAAAAGUGCUUGGGCCGUAAUAUAAUCACAAGACUUUCCAGCAUGCUUUCAUCGGACUGGCUGCGUUUGUGUUAGAUUAGAUUAGAUUAGAUGAAGGAGCUAUCACACUACCGCAAACAAACUCCCAUUUUUUCGUGUUUGACAGUUUGCGGCAAACUCGCAAAAAGGCAACAUGUAUUGGCCGAUGCACGAAGUGAUUUGUUUACAUUUUUUUGGUACACUCCGCAAACGUCAAACCAUACAAAAUUGCUGCCGGAUCUUUUCCGGGAGAGA